CUACUCCAUCCCCCAAAACCAGCCCUCUUGUGGCAAAACAAGAAAAAAGCAGGGGGGGCAAAAAAAAACGGAGACACAGAACCCUUUGGUUCAAUCAAUAACCAGAGGGGGGGCAAUUUGUUUCCAGGAAGGAGAGUAAAACCCAUCAAUCAAUUUUCUUAUCCAAUUAAGUCAUGCCAUUUUUUAGGAUUGAUAGUCCUCUCCUUCCUGGAUUCAGCUUUUGGCAGCAAAAUCCUAUCUUGUCACGCUUGUAAAUGCGAUUGUGUGGACUUCUUCCUCCUUGGAUCUGUCAUCUCUUUGCAUGCAUGGGAGGUUGUUUUGGAUGCUGUGCUAAAACCCCAACAAUUGUUGCGAUAGAUGCGUCAUCAAAGGGACUGAGAGUUCAAAAACGAUUAGUAAAAAAGUCAAGCAAAUCAAACGAUUUUUGGAGCACUAGUGCUGGUGAUAUGGAGAAUAGUACAAUGCAUUCCCAAGGAAGCCUUUCAUCAAUUAGCACAUUAAACCAGCAGCUUGAUCCCAGUAAUGCUGGAAGCACUAGCAACUCUUCUGAAUUUGUUAAUCGUGGUCUUCUUCUCUGGAACCAAACAAGGCAGCAAUGGCUUGGAAAUAAAAAGACUCAGAACAGGAAGCAAGUUCGAGAGCCUACAAUAAGUUGGAAUGCCACCUACGAGAGUCUACUUGGGAGUAACAAGCCGUUUGCUCGACCUGUCCCUCUUGCUGAAAUGGUGGAUUUUCUUGUUGAUGUAUGGGAGCAGGAAGGCUUGUAUGACUGAAUAAGCCCAGAAAUUUCAAUGAAUCCAUUUUUAUUUGUCUUGAUUUUCAUACAGUUCCUUGGUGCAAAUAGAUUUAUAGGUGCUUGCCUUUUUCUUUUUUUCUAACCUUUAGGGUUGGACAGACAAAAAACUGUAGUGCAUUGUACCUUUACCAGUACCAGUUUUCGUAAAACCUAUCGAGGCAUCAUCAUUGUAGCAGCACCCUGGCUUUCCAUUGGCGAACUUGGGUCCAAUUUAUAAUAUUAGUCUUCAUCCUUGAAUGGCCA